CAGUUCUCUUGGGUUUUUAGUGGGGGCAUAAGCGGCAUCUAUCGAGGCUUUGCUGCUCUGAUCUGCCUAAAGUUCGUCUUUUUAUUUUUUUUAUUUCUAUUUUUUCCUGUCGAGCCCAUGUCAAUCCCUCUGAUACUCCGCGUACACAUUGGAUUUAAUUUUAGUUCCUGGCGAAGAACGGUAUUUUUGGAAGUGCCAAAGCCCGUCUCCCUCCCCUUUCACCUCAAGCCCAAUGCCUCGCCUUUUCAAUCUCCUGCUCUGCCCUCGAAUCCAAUUUCUUUUGCCCCCUCCCCUCCCCGCCCAUCUCAUGUUCAUUUCAACUCUGCGAGAUUCUCUUUUCCUCCCUUGGGAUUAAAUUCUUGUCUAUUAUAUCACUCGGAUAUUAUAUGAGCAUAAGUCUGAGCCCUCGCGAACGAUUCGAUCGCGCAUGAGGGUUGCAUUCGGUACAUGGCGACAGAUUUUGAUGCCCUUUCACCCACAUAAACCACACCGGAUUCGCCAUUUGUUUGAUCUGAUCAACUAGGUU